CUUUUGCCGGCUGUUGUUUUGGUCGGUCAGGCAGUCGCGCUGCGCCGCGCUUCCCGUGAGGUUGUGUCUCCUAUGUGGAGCCGUGGUGUCGCCCGCCCAAGUCGCGAUUCCCUCUCGGCCACCCUACGAGGAGGGGAGGGUCACUUUGUGUGGGAGUGUGAGAUAUUUGAGCGCGAAGUCGGUGAAGUUCAUGCACGGCGAGGACGGCGAGCCCUGGGUGUGGGUCAUGGGCGAGCACCCCGACGACAAGUCCAUCGAGCAGAUCCUGGAGCGGGAGGCGCGCGAGAACGCGAGGAAGCAGGCCGAGCUGGAGGCGCAGCAGCGGAGGUUGUCUGAGCUGACGGAGCUGCUGGACCUGAGCCACAAGCAGAUUGAGGAGAUGGAGGCCGCCACGCAGCCCGCCUCGGUGCCGCCGAUACCGCUGCACCUGCCGCCGCCGCCACAGGCGCCACCGCAGCAGGCGCCGCCGCCGCCGCCGCAGACCAAGCCCGAGGACGACCCGGCCGAGAUGAUCUACUGCUCCGUGGACGAGCUGCGCGAGUGGAGCAAGAAGAAGGACGCCACGACGACCCUGGCCAACAACGCCAUCAACAGUUACAGAAACGGCCUCCCGAACCGACUCGGCGGCCGCGACGUGCUGCAGCAGAUCUCGCUCAACAGCAAGCCCCAGCCCAAGGUGGCGCAGCGGGUCGCGCAGUGGGAGCGGCGCGUCCUGGAGACGAGGACCGAGGAGAUCCUCAGCAACCUGAAGCAGCGCCAGCAGGAGGCUGCGCGCGAGGCCGAGGAGAUGGCCCCCGUACAGGAGCGGCUGUGGCAGGAGCAGGAGCGCCGCGCCAAGGAGGCGGAGCAGCAGAUACGAGAGAUCGCGAGGCGCGCGCGCGAGGAGCACCGGCGGACGUCCGUCCUGGACGACCCCAGCUCGCCCGCGGCCAGCCCGACCGCCUCCUCGCCGCCCUCUGUGCCGCCGCCGCCGCCGCCUCCGCAGAACCGCGAGGCGGUGGUCCAGUGGUACCGCACCCAGGAGGAGCCCCGGCGCGCGGGGCUGGACGCGAGCGGCGCCCCGCAGCCCUGGUUCCACGGCCUCAUCAGCCGGCAGGAGGCGGAGAUGCGCCUCAGCUCGAGGGGCCCCGGCGCCUUCCUGGUGCGGCUGUCGGAGCGCGUGUGGGGCUACGCCAUCAGCUACAGGGACUCGGACGCCGCUGGGCCCGGGCGCCGCUGCAAGCACUACCUGGUGGACACCUCGGGCCUCGGCGGCGGCUACCAGUUCCUGGGUGCCAACCAGAUCUGCCACAAGACACUCGAGGACCUGGUGCGCUACCACCGCGAGCAGCCCAUCACGUUGGCCGGGGGAGAGCGUCUGAUCGAAGCCUGCCGACGACCCGCGACGCCUCCGCCACCGGCGCCCGCCCCCGCGGCACCGCACCACUUCCCUCUAGCCCACCCUCCCCUGCCUGCCAGGCCCCUGCCGCCCCUCCCCGUCACCACCCACAGACCGGUGUACGCCGGAGGCGCCAGACUCGGCCGGAACGGUCCGGAAUAGCCGCCUUUAUCCUCGGGGCCAGGCCCCGGAUAGACGAACUUUGAUCCGGACCGGGACCGGCCGGACUGACUGAUACAAGUGCGCCAUGUAAGUUUCCCGCAGUAGGUGUUUGGACCCGUGAUAAAGACUCCUGAUCUUUCUGCGUGGCUAGACUGUUGUGAUUUGACAUACCCUGUAGUCGUCAUAGUUUGAUUAAUGGCUGAUCCUGGCCCUCUGUAUUUUUUCUUGUUCCCUUUUUGUAACUGUGACUAGUUUUUAAGAACUUUACAAAAGGCAUAAAGGUUAGUCCAGACCUUAAAGUUUUUGCUCGAUUGUGAGAUAAUGUGACAGACUAGGACAAGUUACCAUAAGCUACACUGAAAAGCAAAUGUUAUUUUUGAUUGCCUGUGACAUUUAUUUCUCACUCAAGCAAUUCACUUCUACUUCCCUUAGAUGUAAAUGUAUCAGUUUAAAAAGCUUGCCAUCAAUAUGUUGUCAUUAAUCUUCAUCUAUUUUAAGAGUGGCCUAAUUCAAUUGGCUUUGGCUGUAACCACAUGGAACAACUUUUGACCGUACACUUUUGGUUUAGUACGUAUUGUAUCUUUGUACAUAGUUUUAAGUCAUGUGAUAUUUGGGUAUGAAUGAAGAAGUUCGCCAUGUCUGUGUUUAAGAUCCUCAAUUAAUUACUUCUGUUUUACUCAGUGGUUGUGAGGAUUUAAUAAAAGGUCUGAUAUUUGUCCUCCAUCAAAUUAACUUCUGAGAGUUCACAACUUUUGGGGAUAUUUAGGAUGUUUUAAUUUUUUGCAGAACUACUGUUUGUGCAUGUAACAUUAUUUUGCACUCAUUUAUAUUCUUGGAGGAAAUACUCUGCUGCAUCUGAUGUCGUACCCAAUUGACUGAUUGAAUAAGCUGAUCACAGAAAACUAUAAUUUGUAUCUGGCCCGUGUUUAGUUAUUAUGCUAAAAUUUUUCGUCUCUUUGAGCUGCAAGAUAGUUGUGUUAGCUCAUAUGUUAGUCGCAGUAAGACAUGUGGAAGCAUGCUGUGUACAGCUAACAUGAUAUUUUGUUGUUUCAUUCUAGCAGCUGCAUAUUGUGGUUCUUUCAUUCAAAAUUAAUUAUAUGAAAUGUUUUUCUUGCUUUGACGCAUGCAUGUUUAAAAAAGAUUCGUAUCAUCUUAUUCAGUAUGCCAACAGGUGUGGUAAAUUUAUUGAAAAAAGUAUUAUUGACAAUAUAAAAGCUACAGUCCAUACUAUGGACAAUUUCAGUUCAUUUUCUAUGAAAAUAAAUAUAUUUAUUAUUUUAAGAGAAAA